GUGACUUCUGAUUGCGGGGAGAGAGCAGGAAAUGUCUACAAUGCAAUGUGUGCUGGGAAGAGGAUGAGUCUUUCAUAGCAGGGCAACCCAACGAUGCCGAGUAUAUUCUCCUACCAGAGCUCUGAAAUUGACUGGUGUGAAAACAACUUUGUGCGCUCGCCGAUCAUCGCAGAGUACUACAACACGGUCAGCAAUGUAUGCUUCUUCAUCCUUUCGGCUGCCCUGCUCCACCUGAACCGGCAGUACUGCCAGCAGCGCACCGUGCCCAUGUACUUCAUCUCUGGCCUUCUCCUCUGCGUAGGUAUCUUCUCCAUGUACUUCCACAUGACCCUGAGUUACGUGGGACAACUCUUGGAUGAGCUCUCCAUCCUCUGGACGCUGGCUGUGGCAUAUUCGUUUUGGUACCCAAGGGCUCACUUCCCCAGGUGCAUCAAAAGCAGGAAGCAAUUCUACUGGUUGGGUGGUGUCACCACCGUGAUCACCACCUUGAUGUCCUUCAUCAAACCAUCCAUCAAUGCCUAUGCGCUCAACUGCAUCGCCUUCCACCUGCUGUACCUGACCUGGCGCGAGCUGAAAAAGUGCAAUGACCAACGUGUUCACCGGAUGGCCAAAGCCAUGGUGGUGUGGUGGGUGCUGGCCAUCACCAGCUGGUUAAGUGACAGAUGGCUUUGCUGGCUCUGCCAGGCGAUCAACUUCCCUUAUUUCCACAGCUUCUGGCACGUGCUGAUAGCUGUGUCCCUCCUCUACUGCUUCCCACUGGUCAUGUACUUUGACGUCACCUAUGAGAUGCCAGCAUUCAAGCCAAAACUGGGAUAUUGGCCCAGUGACUCCUGGCCCAUCGUGGUGCCUUACAUUGCCUUGGAGGAGCCUCACAAGCAGUGCUAGAGCCAGCUGCGUCCUUCGGGCAUGGGGUGUGAUGCACACAUGUGCAUCUGCACGGGGAACACCUCAGCUGUGUGCCUGCUC